GUAUCCUUUUGGAGCGAGGUGUAUACGAGACUCAUUCUACCAGCUUCCUUCCCCUUGCUAUGCUUGUGCAACCGGCACGCAGUGAGGUUGGUAACACUGCAAACUGAACAGCAUACGAUCGCGGCGCGCGCUUGGCACGUAACCACCUUCGUCAUUGUUCAGCGAGGCUCCGAGGAGAUACUUGGAAUAUUUUGGAAACUUAAAACGGGAAAUUCAAAGUCGAAGCAAUGUCAAUGGAAGGCAAAUAUGUCCGUCGUUACAGAGAGAGUGAUGAAGAAGUCGAGACAGAAGAUAACGAGGAGCUCCCGAGCGUUGGAAGGUAUGUUCGUGCCCCUGAGUUCGUCGUUGAAGAGAACAGCGAGAAAUCACCAGAUCAGUAUGUCCAAAAUGAAACUACAAGCAAUCUUUUCAAAGAGAAUGAGAUGCUCAAGCGACAACUUGCAGAAUUGACUAAGUCGGUUGCAGUAAUAACUGCGAGAAACAGUCAAGCACCAAACACUGAAGCUAACGAAGCCGAGGAAAGUUGGACUACAGCACGUUUCCUCCCGUCGCCGCACUCCUAUGAGAAUACUACUAGCAUCCGUUGGGACCAGAUGAAAUCCUUCCCGAAGAGCAUUCCGGCGAAUAAGAUGUGGGAAGAGUGGACGAAGUAUAUUGAAAACUUCGAAAUCGCUGCCUCUUUGUCAAAUGCUACACUGCCGUCGGACGCAUAAAUGUCACAUGUUACAAACGAGAAAAAUGAGAAAAACGCCAUUUGAAGUUUCAAAAUACAUUCAUCCUAUUAUCGCAAAAUGUUGCUUUUUCAUUAGCUUUAACCCCAUAAACUAUAAAAGAAUAUUCAUAUUCGUUGGGCCGGACUCAAACAUUGCUAAAAACAACUAUUUUUCCCACGUUUUUCAAUCAAAACCCAAAUGUGACACUUAUGCCGCGAAAUUCACUGGCCAGGUGCAAAAUGUACGCAUAUUUGUCACACUGUGAACUGAGAGAUAGUUUUUGUUUGUUCAUUUGUUUUUACAUUUCGUGAGCGACGAUUGUAUUUCUUUGGUGUGAUUUUUUGCUGUCGGUAGAAGUGGAACCGGAAAUCCAAUACAGACAAUCCAGUAGCUGGAAUCGGAAAAGGACUUCCUCGGGUUCGAUUUAAAAAAUGACACAAGUGAUCGUGUUUUGUUUUCGGAGCCGGCAAACGUUCCAUUACCGGUCCCAGUGGUUGACCAACCGAUUCUUGACGGCAGUGGCGUAGUUUCCUUGCACUGGACAAGGACAUGCACAACAUCCUCAACGUUCAAAGGAAUCACGACUGUCUUAUCGAGAUGAUGGUGACAAAGUACCAGGUGAAAAAGUUUUUUCUGUGGAUUUGCAAAAAGUUAUUAAUUGUUUAUAGAUUAUAUUCUAGGUCAUACGGCUUCCACGGUUGGAUAGGUUCAAGAGCAUUAGCGUAAAGGCUGCUGGUCUUUAAUGAGCCUGUUGGCCCCUACAUACGAAAAUUCCCAUUGUCUGCGUGCAUUUGUCCGAGACAGUUAAUGGUCGUACAGCCAACGAAAUCCUUAGCUGUUUUUUCAAAGUUAUUAUGAAGUGCGCUGACCUGAAAACAAUUAUCUUUUGGUUGAAUAAUUGUUGUUCGCAAAAUAAGAACUGGUAUUAAUCCUAUCACAUUACUCUACUGAUAAACAAUAAUGAAAUUCAGGUCAAGCGCAUGCUGUUGGAGAACUUUCAAUCGGGACAUACGUUAAUGACCAAUGACUCUUUCCAUGCGGCGUUUGAUUCCAAAAUGCGACAUGAACAUGUCGUCAGUUAUGAAAACUUCAAGUCUGUGGUUGGCAAUGCAAAGAACAAUGUUGAUGCACUUGUUAUGCAAGCAACUGACUUCUUCAAAGCUCACCGUUUUGGAGUAUACGAUAAACCACUGCAAGCCACGCCCGUAUGUGGAUUCCAUGCAAAUAGUGGAGUUUAAAAAAGGCCGUUAUGAACUUGGAUACGCAAACAAUAUCAACAGUAAAGACCUUAAAUACUGCAAUACUGUUUUCCAACAAGCAAUUUAAGUUGGUUGUAAAGAAUUCAUCCUCUUUUCAUACAAAUGUACGUUGGCAAAAUGCUCCUCUAGGAAUUGAAGAAAAGAAAACUUCUAUAAUAAAAGUGGUUCAACCUGUUGUUACCGAAGAGGAAAAAUCGUUUUUCAUUGAUCUUGGGACGAAGCAAAAAGCUUCUGAUUAAUCUUUGUACUCGUUGCAUACUUUGAAUAAAUUUUAUCGCCAUAACAUGUCACAAUAAUUAUGAGUUUUACAAAAAAACGGGUUUGCUAAAAGGUUCCUCUUCAUCACUUUUUUACAGGCCUUGAAAAUUAAAAUUAUGUCACAGUCUCAUAUUGUCUUCUGCCAAGAGGCCGUUCACGUUAUACUUGGAGAGGUUCUAGACAAUAUAAUACCUUCCCUAUUCUUUCAUGGACAACCCUUCAUAUAAAUUCUGAAAGUAGGGAAAGACCUUGCAUGCUUACCAGCCACCCUUCUAAACUAUCCACGUAGAUUGUAGAUGACCCUAAAAGCAUGGUAUAUUUUAUGGACGGUCGUCAGGACACAUCACGCAGUGCUAUGUGUCUUUUUGUGUGGUUGUUAUAUCUCUUGUUUUUAGUGUGACAAAUAUGCGUCCAUUUAUACCGGUGUGACAAGUAUGCGUCCAUUUGUUCGAAUGUGACAAAUUGACUUCACAUUUUUUUCGAGUUUUCUAGAAUAAAACCUCUGUUUUGACAAAAUAUUUCGAAAAUACGUAUCAAAUUAUGACGUUAAACAUCAAAACCUCAAAAAUGUUAAAAUGUAACAUGUGACAUUUAUGCGUCCAACGGCAGUACAGACCCUGUUCGGCGAUCCCAGCUACUGUUCUUAUCGAUGGGUGAAGAGUUGCAAGGCAUUGUACGUGCUGCUAAAUUGAGACCUAAUCUAAACGACCGAAACUGCUACACGAUCUUCAUGAAAAACGUCGAGAACCACCUUCGAUCUAUGACCGACACAGCAGUGGAGCACGAGGCCUUCUCGAAUAUGCAUCAAGAAAGAGGAGAAACGAUUGUUGGUUUCCAUUCAAGGCUCAUGGAAAAAGUUCGCCUAUGUCGGUAUAGUCCAACUGAUCAAGAACGGUUCGUUCGUGUACAAUUAUUGAAAGGUAUGUCAAACAGAGAGUUGGCUAAAACGGCGAGAACAUUCGGCCAUGAAAUUAAUUUCAUUGUACAAUCGGCAACUCGCGACGAGGCAUAUCAGCCUGGCCCAUCUCAAACAGUUGAUAUAUAUGAUUCUGGCAUCAAUCAUCUAAAUGAGCGUGGUGCCUGGCGUGGUGGUUUCAAACGAUCCAUGGUGAAACGUGAAGGCCGUUCCAGACCAACAGAUGGACCAUACAACAAACGCUCUCGUUUCAAUAACCGGUUCGGCGGCAAUCAGCAGCGUCUUUGCCCCAGAUGUAACAGAUGGAUGCACAAGAACCAAAUCUGCCCGGCGCUUAAACUCAAAUGUAAUGAAUGUGGCAUAAUGGGUCAUUUCGCUGUGGUGUGCCGAAAGAAACGUGUCCAUGCGAUUUUCGAUACUGGGAGUCAGUCAGACGUAACGAAUGUUGCUAAGGAAGAAGAGUUAAACGCGUUAUCUUUCGAAGACGUGUUAAUCAAAUGCCGUGUGGGAUCCUCUAGCCCAAUCCAAUUUCUGAUCGAUUCUGGGGCAGACGUCAACGUAGUUGGUGGAAGUGACUGGCUAUGUUUACAGCAGGAAUAUUUAUCAGAAAAAGCGGAACUCAAUCCCAUUGAAAUAUCCUCACAUAGAGACUUGAGAGCGUAUGCCUCCGGAGUCCCAAUGAAAAUUGAAUCUGCUUUCAGAGCACGGAUCGAACCAGAAGGAUUUACACAGUCUGUAAUAGCGGAUUUUCUUGUGGUAAUGAAUGGUAAGCGAUCACUUCUUGGCAGAACAACUGCGAGCGAUUUGAAGCUGUUAUUCGUAAGCUCUCAAAUUAACGGCUGUGAGGAUUCAAUGAACAAGAAAUUCCCGAAGAUGCCAGGGGUUGAAAUCAAGUUCAGCGUGGAUAAAAGUAUUGCACCAACUCGUAACGCAUACUACAACAUUCCUGCUGCAUAUCGCGAAGGGGCUCGCCGCCGUCUACUGGAAAUGGAGGAAAGUGGAAUUAUUGAAAGAGUAAUAACGGCUCCCGAGUGGAUAAGCGGAAUGUCAGCGGUGGCGAAGGAAAAACGAUUUUCGCCUGGUCGUAAAUAUGAGAGCACCAAUAGAGCCAUCAAACGCGAGUAUUUUCGUCUCCUAUCCUGGAUGAAAUGA